GAAAACCAAACAAUUACAAAAAAAAAAAUUAUUAAGAAAAUUUAUGGCCUAGAAUUAAAUUUUUAUACAUUUUUAACACAGAAGAAGUUAAAUAUGGUGAAUGGGAAUGUUUGUAUUCUUGAUAAUGGAGCAUAUCUUGCAAAGGUUGGUUUAAAUUCAUAUGAGAAGCCUAGAGUAAUGCCAAAUUGUGUUAUGAAAGCGAAAUCGGAAAGAAGAAGGGCUUUUAUAGGAAGUCAAAUAGAGGAAUGUCGUGAUGCAUCUGGUUUAUUUUACAUGUUAAGUUUUCAAAAGGGCUAUUUAGUUAACUAUGAUGUACAGAAAACUGUUUGGGAUUUUAUGUUUAGUCCUGAUGGUGUUGGUAUUAAUUUAGCUGAAAAAGUACUAAUUGUUACAGAACCGCAAUUUAAUUUUGAAAGUAAUCAAGAAGCUAUGACCGAAAUAUUUUUCGAAGAAUAUGAAAUUGAAGGAAUUUAUAGAACUACAUCUGCAAAUUUAUCUGCUAUGAAAUAUUUAAGUGAUAUUCCUAAUAUAACAACAUGUAUUGUUAUAGAAAUGGGAUAUAGUUUUACGCAUAUAGUACCUUUCGUAAAGCGAAAGAGAAUUAAAGAAGGUAUUCGUCGUAUUGAUAUUGGUGGGAAAUUAUUAACAAAUCAUUUAAAAGAACUAAUUUCUUAUCGCCAUUUAAAUGUUAUGGAUGAAUCUUAUGUUGUGAAUCAAAUAAAGGAGGACAUUUGUUUUGUAUCACAAGAUUUUAAAAGAGAUUUAAAAUUAUCAAAAACUCGUGAAAAUCCCAUUGUGACUGAAUAUGUAUUACCUGAUUUUACUUCAAUAAAACGCGGUUAUGUUAAGAAAAAAGAUGAUAACUACAAAGAUUAUCAAAUGUUAAAAUUAAGUAACGAACGCUUUACUAUACCAGAAUUAUUAUUUUAUCCAUCAGAUAUAGGAAUUCGUCAGAUGGGUGUUGCUGAAAGUGUUUUGGAUUGCCUGAAAGCCUGUCCACCUUGCAGUCAUCAUGUUUUAGUGUCUAAUAUUAUAGUUACUGGAGGAUGCGCAUUUUUCCCCGGAAUGCGAGAUAGAUUGCAAGGAGAAAUUAGAAAAUUAAUUCCUGAUGAAUUCAAAGUUAAUGUUUCAAUUCCUGAAGAUCCAAUUUCAUACCCUUGGUUUGGUGGUAAAAUUUUGGCAGAAACUCCAGAUUUUCGAGAGAAUAUUAUGACUAGAGAAGAUUAUGAUGAAAAUGGAGUGCAACAUUCAGUUACUAAAUUUGAUUUAUAACAAUUAUAAUGAAUAUGUGUAAGCGUGACAUAGCGUCUUUA